UGCAGCUGGAGAUCAAUGAAGCUAAGUGAAUGGUGUACAUAAAUCGAUCGCCGCAGCCGCGCGCCAGGUGCUGAAGGAUACCCAUUCAUUUAUGCAAGAGCGCUUGAGUUCCUUUGGCUUCCCAUUCUCAGCCUCCUCAUGCCUCCUUCUCCACUAGACGACAGGGUUGUAGUGGCACUCUCCAGGCCUGUAAGACCUCAGGAUCUCAAUCUUUGCUUAGAUUCCAGCUACCUUGACUCUGCUUCCUCUGCCAGUGAAAGCCCUGUGAGUCUCCUCAGCACGGCUGUUGUGUCCAUCAAGGCUGCUAAUCUGACGUAUAUGCCCUCAUCCAACGGCUCUGCCCGCUCCUUGAGUUGUGGAUGCAGCAGUGCCAGUUGCUGCACUGUGGCAACAUACGACAAGGACAAUCAGGCCCAAACCCAAGCCAGCAGCAGCAGCAUCUCUGCCAGCAUAGGAACCUUGACUACUUGCUCAGCAAACCAAAUGGUCAACAACAAUGAGAACAUUAGCCCUUUGAGUCCAUCAGGUGGUGUGGGGAGUCCAGUCUCAGGUCCAACAAAGCAACUGGCAAGCAUCAAAAUCAUCCAUCCCAAUGACCUGGCAAAAAAGAUGACCAAAUGCAACAAAAGCCACCAAGGCCCAGUCAUCAUUGAUUGCCGGCCUUUCAUGGAGUACAACAAAAGCCACAUCCAAGGGGCUGUUCAUAUCAAUUGCUCUGAUAAGAUCAGUAGGAGAAGGCUUCAGCAGGGCAAGAUCACUGUCUUGGACUUGAUCUCUUGCAGAGAAGGCAAGGACUCCUUUAAAAGAAUCUUUUCCAAAGAAAUAGUUGUUUAUGAUGAAAAUACUAACGAGCCAAGCAGAGUCAUGCCUUCACAGCCAUUGCACAUAGUGCUAGAGUCUCUCAAGAGGGAAGGCAAGGAACCGCUGGUUCUCAAAGGUGGGCUCAGCAGUUUUAAGCAGAACCAUGAAAACCUCUGUGAUAAUUCCCUCCAACUUCAGGAGUGUCCUGAAAGCGGAGGUGGAGGUGCCGCAGUAACCUGUACACUACCUCAGUCCAUUGCUACCACUCCAGACAUUGAGAAUGCCGAGCUCACCCCCAUCUUGCCCUUCCUCUUUCUCGGCAAUGAACAUGAUGCUCAGGACUUGGAGAAGAUCCAGAGGUUGAACAUCGGCUAUGUAAUCAACGUCACCACUCACCUCCCUCUCUACCAUUAUGAGAAAGGUUUGUUCAGCUACAAACGUCUCCCUGCCACGGAUAGCAACAAGCAGAACCUCAGACAGUAUUUCGAAGAGGCUUUUGAAUUCAUUGAGGAAGCUCACCAAUGCGGUAAGGGUCUUCUUAUCCACUGCCAGGCUGGGGUGUCUCGUUCCGCCACCAUUGUCAUUGCAUACCUUAUGAAGCACACAAGGAUGACUAUGACAGAUGCCUAUAAGUUUGUCAAAGGCAAGAGACCAAUCAUUUCUCCCAAUCUUAACUUCAUGGGGCAGUUAUUGGAGUUUGAAGAAGAUCUGAACAAUGGAGUCACACCACGAAUUCUUACACCAAAGCUGAUUGGGGUUGAGACUGUUGUGUGACAUAAAAGAACCAAAGGAGAGAGUUUUUCUUUUUUUAAAAAAAACUUUCCACAGACUGGGAAGCAUGGGUGAUUCUUUUCUUUUCAGCUUUACUAGGGAAAGCUUAUUUUUUUAAAAAAACUUCUUUUUUUAAAGUCAU